AUGGCUGGAUAUAAUCAAGAAGCCCAUGUCUAUGAAAACACAGCAUCGUCGUCGGUUUCCGAAAUUUCUCCGAACAUUUAUGGAAGUAAACCUAAUCAAUUCUCGAAAAUUCCCAAUUUAUAUAAACUUGCCGAAUUUUAUACGGAUGAAGAUUCAGCACAAAGCAUUGUUAUACAACCAUCUGAUUUAGAAAAAGUUUGUAAUUUAUUGGCCCCUGGAAGCUACCAUUCUAUCUCCGAUAUCGGUUUUGAAAGAUUGGCGGAAGUCCCCAUUCGUCUUAUUGGCUGUUAUGGUAACUGUGAGGUUAUCUUCAAAUGGCUGUUACAAAACAAUGUCAUGGAAGAGUCUAGAUGCAAAGAAUCUGAACAGACUUCUGAGACAGUUUACAAUGAAAAAUCAACAUUGGAUAAUGGGUUCUAUUUACUCAUGCUUAAGCCAGACUUGGGCCUUGUGAUUCUUUGGUCAGAAGAGCGAUUCUAUCAUGACAAUAAUGCUGUAAAUCUUUAUCAGUUUCUCACACGAUUGACAGAUCAUCAAGUUUGUUUAAUGAGCGAAAAUGAUUUAAAGAAAUUUAACUGGAAUUUAACUUCUGAUUCAGGCAAGCAAACAUUGGAUAAGAGUGCUAAUCUUAAAAUUGAAGAACAGAAAAAAGAAAUAACUGUCUUAAUUGAAAAUGGGUUCGAGAUCCAAAUACCAGAAUUGUUUCUAUAUAGUCAAAAUUUAUCAAAAGCUUAUAUUAUAGAAUCAACUACUCUACAAUCUGUAGCUAUUAUGCAAGACCAUAAUAAGUCCACAAUGAUGUCAGAAAAGGUUGAUAUAUUUGAUUCUUCCUGUGAAUUUCAACAAUUCUGGGGACCACUAGUGAAUGAAAACUACUAUGCCUUGAGUGCACCUAAUUUGAGCAUGGAUGGGUUAAUAAUUUUGAUCAAAGACGGUUUAAAUCAGCCUGAACUCUUAGAAGAUUAUGAAAAUCAGUUGAAAGACUUAAAUGACAGAACAGAAAAAAGCAUUAGUGAAUACAAAGAGAAAGUGACUGAGUGGGCCUUUUCAAUUUUGCAAGACAAUUACAGCAUCUCUGAAGAGAAGACCAAAGAAGCCCCUCUAAGCUCACUGGAAGACAGUCCUGAGCUUAAUACGUUCUAUAUGCAACAUAAAGAACUUUGUAAGCAAAUAAAGAGCAUGGCAUUAACAAUUGAUAGCAAGAACUGGAAAUUGUUGAAAGAAAGGUUUUAUUAUUUGAGUGGACUGGCACAAGGUGGAUUUGAUAUAUUUUUAGAUGCUCAAGAAAGCAGAAAAAUUGAUGAAAUCAAAAGUACAAUGCAGAGAGUGGCAACAUUUUUUAUGAACCAAGCAAAUCCAGAAGAAAAGUGUGAUCAAAAGUCCAAGGAAAUUCUUGAGGAAGCUAAAAAAGUGGCAGAGAAGAUAUCAGAUCCAGGUUUUAUUACUUGUCUAUACAAUUUACAGAAACUGACAAGUCCUGACACAGUGAUGGAAGGCAUUAUUACAGUAUUUGUCAAGGAAAUUCAGAAUUGGAGAUCUGAGUUUGCUGAGAAGCUAAGCAAGUAUUUGGAGGAAAAUACAAACCUAAAAGACAAUUACAAGUACUUCAAAAGAUACACAAGAGAAAAGAGACAUAUCAUUGAAGAUGAGUCAGCUGUAUUAAGAACCAAACUUGAAUCAUUGUACUUUACUGGGGUGAAGCUUGUUGUUACAAAUUUGCACAAAAUACCAUCUGAUCAAUACAAGUUGCAUUAUAUUAUUGAAAUAGAUGAUAAUGAGCCUUCUUUGUGUGAGCUCAAGAUAUGUGGUAUAAAUCUUGAGAAGUAUAAGUAUGGCAGUGAGUAUGUGGAAACUUUCCCACAUCUAAGGGUUCUGUAUAUUGACAGGGAGAUGUAUGAAAUCAGGCAAGUUAUCAGAUAUUGA